CUCAAUUUAUGAUAAUAAUUAUUUUCUAGAGGAAAAAAUUGUUAUAUCUUUUAACCCCGAAGACUUAGUUACUGCAUAUGACAUCCGAGAGGGGUAAAAAGAGACCAAGGAGUGAUGAUUGUGAAGAGUGCAAUCCCAUUUCUAAACGUAUCAACAGACUACAGAUAGAAUCAGUUUCAAAUCAAAACAGUGCACUUCCUGCUCAGAACAUGGGGGUUUGUCUUCCAAAAACUCAUCCCAGUGAGUCAGAUGACCUACAUUUACAAUGUCGCAACUUGCGGAUACGCUCUAAUUCACACGAUGCCAAUCAGCACACAGAAAGUAACCAGCCAACCACGUCCACCAACAACAAUCUGAAUUCUGAAAAUCCAAACUGCAUGGCCUGCAACAUGGGUCAGGGUGAUCCGUAUUAUCAGGAGCUGAUGCAGGGCUAUGACCCUGAACUGACGGAAGUAGAAAAUCCAUACUACUUUGACAUUAACCGUCUUUUGUUUGAUGCUCAUGCCAGUAGAGCGGGGCGUCACAGAAUUAACUUCUCAAACUCGUAAAAUAAUUUCAUGAUCUGUGCACUGAUGUAUGUUUAUACAGCUUUGUGAUUUGAUUGCUUAGGUCUGAAUGUUGAAUUAUUUAGGAGAGACUGCUGCUGAACAGACUCAAAAUCAUGCUGAAUCAUCAGAAUCUUGGUUUGUAGAAGUAGAAUGCAUGUUAUUUAUUUUGAGCACAAGUAGUACAUAUUAUCAGUUUCUUGUAAAGUUUUGUCAACAUUAUUAUGAUUUUCAGUAUUUUAAUACAUGGUGUAAAGGAUUGUUUAUUCCUACAACUGUUUUUUUUUGUCCAUUAGUAUCAUAUGUUUAUAUUCAACUUUGUUGCGUGGCAUAAGUCAGCUGUGUUUAGUCUUGAUUUGGGGUGUUUUUUUUUAAGGUUUCAUCAUUUAUAAGACUGUGUAAUUUUCACAAGAGAAUGUAAGAAAGAGUGGUUUGGUCAGUAUUGACAAACACUCAGAUAUUAAUUGUCAGAAUUACAAUCUGUAUACUAGAUUGAAUAUGUUUCUUUUGAAUGUACCACGGUAGUUAAGAAUGUUUUGCUUCAUUAGAUCCUCAUAUUCAUUUAAAGUCAUUGUUGUAGUAGUUUGCUAUCAGCUGAUUUUAUUCAUUGCAUAAGUGACAAUUUUUGUUACAGUUGCCAUAUUUGUUAAAAUUUUGAAAUAAAUUGUUACUUUA